AUGUUGCGAAUCUUCACUAUUCUCUGUCUUUUUGCAUCUAUCUACAUCACCUCAGCAUCUUUCGGACGCAGCUUCGAUGUUGAUCUCAACAAUGCUCUCUUUAAUCAACUUCAGUUCGAGCACUUGAGAGCUCCCAGAAUUCUCUCAAGACAUCGUCGUGUUCCAGGACCAGGGGAUAUUCGUGCCUGUGGAAGGAAGCUUGUUGCCAUGGUAUUCCACAUUUGCUCUGAGCCUUGCAAUCCUAAAGAAGGCAAGGACAUCGCCACCGAAUGCUGCAGCAACCAGUGUACCGAUGCCUUCAUCCGCUCUGCCUGUUGCCCAGACACCGUCUAA